AUUUUCUUAUUUCUUAUGAACCCGGCGUGGCUUAAAUGGCUUUGUAGCUUGGAAGGUUACUUGCGGUUAGGUGCCACAAUAUUGGGAAGCUGGCGACAGUUUCUUUACAUUGGCGGGCAGUUGACAGUUUUCAGAAUCGAGCAGGCACAGUCGUUCUCUCUUGGACCAGUGAAUUUCCCCCCCUCUUCCCCUCCCACCAUGGCUGCAGACUCUAUGGAGAUUGACGACUCCCUUUACAGCCGGCAGCGUUAUGUGCUGGGAGACAAUGCAAUGCAGCAGAUGGCCCAGUCCUCAGUCUUUCUUAGUGGAAUGGGAGGACUAGGUGUAGAAAUAGCAAAGAAUAUUGUCUUGGCUGGUAUUAAGGCAGUCACCCUCCAUGACAGCAAGCAGUGUGAAACCUGGGACCUGGGCUCCAACUUCUUCAUCCGCCAAGAUGAUGUGUUGAGCCAGAGGAAGAGAGUGGAGGCAGUGUACCCUCGGGUAGCAGAGUUGAACCCCUAUGUCCAUGUUGAUGUGGCUUCCUUUACUCUGGACAACAACACUGAUCUCAGCUUCCUCAGAAAGUACCAGUGUGUGAUUCUGACUGAAGCCAGACUGAGCCUUCAGAAGAGAGUGAAUGAGUUCUGCCACUCUCAACAACCUCCCAUCAGAUUCAUUGGAUGUGAUGCAUAUGGCAUCUGUGUGCGGGUGUUCUGUGAUUUCGGGGAGGAGUUUGAAGUGUCAGACCCCACAGGGGAGGAGCCAAAGGAGAUAUUCAUUCAAAGCGUCACUCAGGGCAACCCUGGGGUGGUAACGUGCAUGGACAACCGAACCCAUGGCCUUCAGACAGGCGACAGAGUUCUCUUCAGGGAGGUCAAUGGCAUGGUGGAGCUCAAUGGCACCGCAUGGGAGGUUUCAGUUCUCUCCCCUCACAGUUUUGCAAUAGGAGACACGUCCCAUUUGCAGCCAUAUGCACAUGGAGGUUUCUUUGUCCUAGUGAAAACUCCCAGGACCUACAGAUUUGAGACGAUGGAGAAACAGCUAUGUGAUCCUCAGGUUCUGACCCCAGACUUCAGUAAACCAGAGGCCCCACUACAGAUCCACACAGCCAUGCUGGCUCUUGACAGCUUCCAGGAGCAGCACAGCAGACUCCCCAGCACUGGGUGUUUACAGGAUGCUGAGGUUUUGCUGAAGCUCACUGAGGAAGUUAACACAAGGCUCAGGAACAAAGCUCCAGUGAAUGCUGAGCUGGUGCGCUGCCUGUCCAGGACAGCAAGAGGAACCCUCCCUCCAUUGGCAGCAGCCGUAGGAGGCCUAGCUAGUCAGGAGGUUCUCAAAGCACUUACAGGGAAGUUUGCACCCUUGCAGCAGUGGUUUUAUCUUGAUGCCAUUGAGGUUGUCAGGCCGCUUCAGUCUCUUCCUGCUGAGGAGUUCUCCCCCAGAGGUGAUCGGUAUGAUGGAUUGCGAGCCUGUGUUGGCGAAUCCAUGUGUCUGGAACUGCACAAGCUCAGGGUUUUCAUGGUGGGCUGCGGAGCUAUCGGCUGUGAGAUGUUGAAAAACUUUGCUCUGCUUGGUGUGGGAUUGGCUAAAUGCUCAGGAGAGGUGUGCAUCACAGACCCCGACCUCAUAGAAAAGUCCAACCUCAAUCGGCAGUUUCUUUUCAGACCACAUGAUAUUCAGAAACCUAAGAGCACCACAGCAGCUUUCACCACUCUGCAGAUCAACCCAGAUAUACAGCUGGACGCUCACCUUAACAAGGUGUGUCCAGCCACUGAGGGGAUCUACAGUGACUCUUUCUUCUCCGGUCUGCAUCUUGUAGUGACUGCACUGGACAAUGUGGAGGCCCGUAGAUAUGUGGACAGUCGCAGUGUAUCCAAUCAGAAAGCUCUUCUGGACUCUGGCACCAUGGGAACUAAAGGACACACGGAAAUCAUAGUGCCAAACCUGACAGAGUCCUACAAUAGCCAUAGGGACCCCCCAGAGGAGGAAAUCCCUUUCUGCACCCUGAAGUCCUUCCCUGCUGUCAUCGAGCACACCAUCCAGUGGGCCAGAGACAAGUUUGAGAGUUCAUUUGUCCACAAGCCCUCCAUUUACAACUUGUUUUGGCAGACCCACUCCUCGGCUGAAGCAGUGCUGCAGAGGAUGCAGGCGAGGGAAAGUCUUGAAGGGGUCUUCCAGGUCAUAAAGCUGCUAAGCAGACGGCCAAGCCAGUGGGAACAGUGUGUUGUUCUUGCCCGCCUGAAAUUUGACAAGUAUUUCAAGAGAAAGGCUCUUCAGCUGUUGCACUCUUUUCCGCUGGACACAAGGUUAAAAGAUGGAAGUCUGUUUUGGCAGUCACCAAAAAGACCUCCAUCUCCUACUGAAUUUGACUUGAAAGACUCUUUGCACUUCAGUUUCAUUGUCAGCACGGCCCGGCUCUUUGCAGGGAUUUAUAACAUCCCCUACUCAGAAAAGGAUCUGUCCGAAGAGACAGUGGCCAGGAUUCUCUGUGAUGUCAAGAUUCCAGAGUACCAGCCUUUAGAGAAAUGUAUAGAGACGGAUGAGACGGCAAAGAAGCCUGAUCAGAUGAAGAUGACGCUGAGCAGUGAAGAAGAGAGGGAGGCCAUCACACAGCUGGAGGAGGCCAUUGCUGCUAACAAAGUCACGCCAGAGAGGUUACAGAUGAACCCACUGCAGUUUGAGAAGGAUGAUGAUAGUAACGGCCACAUGGACUUUGUGGCAUCAGCAUCUGCUCUCAGAGCCAGGAUGUAUUCCAUUGAGGCUGCUGACCGCCUUAAAACCAAACGCAUUGCUGGCAAGAUCAUCCCUGCUAUUGCCACGGCAACAGCUGCUGUAGCUGGACUGGUGGCGCUAGAGCUGAUUAAGGUGGUUGGAGGCUACGGGUUUGAUUCCUUCAAAAACUGCUUCUUUAACCUGGCCAUCCCUGUGGUGGUGCUCACUGAAACUGCCCCUGUCAAACGGACACACAUCAGGGACAACAUCAACUUUUCCAUCUGGGACCGCUGGACCAUCUAUGGUCACGAGGACUUCACUCUCUCUGACUUCAUCAACGCUGUGAGGGAGAAGUAUGGAAUUGAGCCCACCAUGGUGGUCCACGGUGUGAAGAUGCUCUAUGUGCCUGUGAUGCCUGGACACAGCAAAAGACUCAAGCUGACGAUGCACAAGCUGAUCAAGCCAUCAGUGGAGCGGCGCUAUGUGGACCUGACUGUGUCAUUUGCUCCAGAGACGGAUGGAGAUGAGGACCUCCCCGGCCCCCCCGUCAGGUACUACUUCAUCCGCGAUGCAGACGGAGAGACGCCCUGACACCUUUUUAAACAUCAUCCUCAAACCUCUUGUGUCCUUAUUUGCCAUCUUUUAUGUAUACUGUUGUACCCCAGUAAUCUGGGCCAGGGCCAAGAGCUUUUCCUCAUAACGUGAUGUGACAAGAGCAAAGCUCCUGGUCCCAGCUCUAGCCCGCUAUAACUUCAUGGAGCAAGGAAGGCCAGUCCUGGUCCCAGCUGUUGUUGCUUCAGCCCUAGCUAGUGGACCACGAGGCGGCUUGAGUAGCACAUAUUUUCUCUUUGUUCUGUUUUCUACUCUGGUGAAAUGCACAGCUGUGUCUGUGCCUAUGCCUUAAUUAAUAACCUUGUUCUGUUUGUGGCAGUGAGUCUCCUACUAAAAACUGUUUACAGAAACCUGCAAACUCUUGUAAUUCACAGCCCCAUUUUCCCCUUUUUUUAAAUUUAACCUGGAAAGGAAGGCUUAAAGGAGGAAGUAAAUGGCAAUGAUGGGAUGGCGGUUAUAGGAGAGUGUGAGCAAUAAUUAAAGAGGUUGUCUAGUUGGCAGGUAUCAUGAUAGGACCCCCCCCCUCCUCUUCCUCAAGUCCCUCCCACUGGCUUUGAAGUUGAUCGGCAAUCACAGAAUAUGCCAGCUGUUGGGUUUCUCCCUUGUCAGAAACAGGUCAGGCCAACAUUUGUUAACCCAUUUUAGAGGUGUAACAUGUCAGUGGACGAGGCCAGAACCACCAAAGAUACUGAUUAUCAUUUUGUCUGCACAAUUGUGCUCUUUAUGACCACUUUGGCUGCCUCAUAAAGCCUUGUUUUUAUCAUAGGAGGUGGUUAUUACCCAAAUAUUUAAUACUAUAGGUAAGCCUACUGACUAGACCUAGCUGGUAUGUAUUACCUAUGUUGUUAAACAUUUAGGUAACGGUUGGAAAGUAAUCAGUUACCACGUGUGGUUAAACAGUAGACAUGUACUUUAAUAGACUGAGUGAGGACACAGGUUGUGUGACUGCUCCACAGAAAAGGCUUUUGUGUUUUUACAUGAAGCAUCAGUAGCAGCAAACAGACUCACACUCCUAUUGUUUUAAAAGCCUUUUUAAAAAAAAUCUUCAGUGUUGAUUUAUUUUUGUUGAUUUUGUUUAUGGAUGUCUUUCCAUAACAUGUAUUUAUUUACUUGUUGGUCAUUUUUGUCACCAUGUUUUUUUUUUUUUUGUUAGUGUCAAACUGAGCCUGUGUUGAUGAGCUCUGUCAAGUCAUGUUGCAGUGCUCAAUUGUUAAUUAACAAUGAACAAACGCCAAGCCUGGGUGCUUAUCCACAGGUCUAAAUUGCUCCUCUUUUGUUAAAGCUGAUUUUUAAGUUCAUUGGGUUACAAAGGCAAAUAUUCACCCAGUUGUAAAGAGGUCAUUGAGAUACACCUGAACAUAGUCCUCUGGCUAAAAGAUGCUCAUCCAUGUCUUAAAAUUGAGUUUCUGGCUCAAAGUUAGACAACCAAUGCUUCUACAGACAAAAUGUUUCCUGAAUGACAUUUAUUCCAACCACACAACCAGAGCUGGCCAAUUUUGUUUUGCACAAAAAAAUGUCUAUCGUACUGACAACAGUUCUUGCGCAAUGAAUGAUGUCAUACAUGUAAGAAAAAAAAAAAGAAAGAAAGAAAAGAAAAAGACAAG